AUGUCGUCGUCUUUAUCAUCUCGUUGUUCUUCAUCUGCCUCUCUUGCGUCUACUACGUUGUCUGUUUCUUCUUCUCCAUGUUCUUCUAUUGAUUCAUCCCUCUGGAAAACUGUAGAACUCGAAACUCUACCAAUGCCAUCCCCUUCCGCUUCGUCUUCUGCUUUUUCGACACCUACGAAAAUUCGUGAAUUCAAAAUUGAACUGGAAAUGGAGCCGGCUGUAAUCCAGAAUCUUACAGAGGAACUGGAGAAAGCCGAGCGUGAAAACUCUAUCCUCAAGCAAAAGAUUAAUAUUUUGGGACUCGAAAUUGGCGAUAUUUCGAAGAACUUGGAGAAGUGUCAGGUGGAAUUUGAGGCAAACAGUCUGAAGUUCGAACAACUGACUGCCGGGAAUCGUAUGGCUAAUAUCGUAAUCAAGAAUCAGAUUAAAGAAAUCGAAACGUACCGUAUGGCUGAGAAGAUAUGGAAGCAUCAGCAGGACAAGCUUGAGAAACUCCGCGCCACUCAACAACAGGAAAAGAAGAAUCACAAACCAUGGAACUACGGAGAAUCUUGGAGAACCCAUCAGACUGUCAAGACGAAUGAAAAGCCGUGCGAUAAGAAAGAGGGAUCGGAAGACGUGAAACUACUUGUGAAUCAUGGAUACAAGAAGGCGGAGGCGGAGCAUAUUAUGAAGCAAGUUAUGGAGUUUAGAAAGAAACAAGCUGAGAAAUAG